AUGUCAGAAGAACCUAGCAACACACCGGAAUAUGGUGGCUUCAUGACGAAGUGUGCUCAAGAAUCACACACGGAUAUCUCUUCAAGAACUAACACAGUUUACUCACCACUCUUAGAUAUGAAGCCAGCGGAUCAUGGAACCAUAUAUGAAGCUCAAAGGAUGCCCACACAAUAUAAACGAAAACUUGGUGGCAAGCCAAGGAGGCAAUGGCGGCAAGAAGACCUAGAAGAAGCUCUAAGAUGUUUAACUUCUGGCGAAAUGGGAGUUAAUGAAGCUUCACGUGCAUAUGGUAUUCCUUCACGAACACUGAGAAGAAGAAGAAUUCAAAGAAAUAGGUCUGAUCUACCUCUUGGUCCCCAGGCUGUUUUGGGAACAGAAAAUGAAAAAAGACUGGUAAAACAUAUUCAGAGACUGGAGAAAGCCGGAUUUGCUCCUGAUAGAGAGACGAUUCGGGCAUUGGCUUUUCAAUUUGCGGAAAAACUGGAAAUUACCCACAGGUUUAAUCGUGAAACGGGAUUGGCCGGCUAUGAUUGGUUAACCCUAUUUUUGAAAAGAAAUAAAGAACUAAAUGUGCAAAUUGACUUUAUCGAUCCGGGUCUUUUGUUAAGGUAUUAUGAUAUGCAGCUCGGUGCAAAUUUUGAGGAUGUCUUGAGGGAAUUUGAUUUCAGGAGCAGUGAAUGGGAUGUGCAUCAUAAAGCACAUUGUAACAAAAAAGGAUUAAACUGUUCGACAAUCAGCGAAUGA